AUGGACGCUCCUGCUUCGUACUCCCAUUCGGGACAGGCCAACAAAAGAAAGCGAGAGUCAUCAGAUCUUGAUGAGAAGCCAGUAGGGACACCAGAAAGUUCCAAGCAAGCGACAUGGUCCUCGAAACGAACGCCACCCAAGGGGGCAAAGACAUUUUCGAUUGAUAGUGCAUGUUCGUUCACCUGUGACUUGUUCGAAAUUCUGCAAGAAAAGCCCUCUUUAGCGUCCUCUGCUGUCGACCUCUUGGACCUCUAUCUCUGUCUGUGGGAGUGCUACAUGAUCAAGUCUGCCGGAAAAAUACGCUUGGAAGAGGAGCGCCGCUUCCUGCAAAGCUCCAACGAAUGGUUGAUGAAAGAGAACGAAAAGCUUCAUCAAUGCUGUACCAAUCAGGAAUUGUUAUUGUGGGAUCGUCGUCAGGCUUUUGUUUCGGUACACCAGGGAGUUCUCGCAACAUUGCAAAAUAGUGACAGACGGUUUCACCAGACAAACUGCGACUUGGAUCUGGACCUGGAUUCAAUCUGGAGAGAGUUCCCCAAUAUGCCCAGCCCACCACCCUGUCUCGCAGCCAACCAUCACAGUCUCCGAUUAGUCCGACCUAACACCAUGCCAAAUCAUGCAAGAUACGGCGAGAGGUCCCCCUUCAUCGAAUGCCUAUUCUAUCCUGGCUAUGAGAGCGAAUGCUCCUUCAGCUGGACUGGACCGGACCCCUUGUCCCCUGACACCUGCACCGAUGAUCUGUUCCUCUACGUAUCGGCAUUCUUCAUUCUUGAGCGCGUGGACUGGAUAGAAUUACGGCUCAGCAAGCUCAGCAUGGCAACGAAAGAGGUCGUGGAAGAGUACCUGUUUUUCCUGCCACGGGUUGAGUCAAUGCUGGGGAAUCUACCCAGAGCCCAGGGUCAGAUACAUGAUAUCAUGUUGCAGAGUAACCGUGUGGAGAGUGUUGGAGAAACCCAAUUUCAACUGUCAAUGUGGCCACGCACUGAGAGUUCACAGAGCUCUGCUAUGCAGGGUACGAUCCCUCCAUCUUACAUUGAGUCUUCCAUGCAUUUACCAUCACUUGACCCGCAGCGUUUUGUGCAAAAUAUAGUAGGGAACUGGGGGACGUGA